AUGCCUAGUGCCACCAGAAGCCCGAGCACGUCGUCGGACUCGGCGUUUGUCUCGGACGAGAAUCUCCCUCACGUUACCUUGUCCUCUCCCGCUAGCAGCGUGUCCUCAUCCGUCAACUUGACUGAACAUGGAGACACCAAUGACACUAGUGGGUAUGCGGCCACGUCUUUCCCUGGUUAUGCAGAGAAGCCGCUGGACGAGCAGCUGGAACCCAUUGCCGUUGUUGGCAUGGGAUGUCGACUCCCUGGAGACGUCAAGUCAGCCUCGGACUUCUGGGACCUCAUGAUGUCCAAGGGCACCGGAAACACGCCCAAAGUACCAUCAUCGCGGUUCAACAUCGACGCCCACAUACACGCCAACAACGACCGACCCGGCAGUUUCGGUGUCUUGGGCGGCUACUUCCUCAACGAUGACCUCGCCGACUUUGAUCCCGGGCUCUUCGGUAUCACGCCGAUCGAGGCCAUGUGGAUGGACCCGCAACAACGCAAACUGCUCGAAGUCGUGUACGAGGCGCUGGAGUCGGGCGGGAUUCCGGUCGAAAAGCUGGCGGGCACGCGCACAGCCGUGUUUGCGGCCUCGUUCACCGCCGACUGGCAGCAAAUGUCGUUCAAAGACGCGUCGUUCCGGCACAGUCUCGCAGCGACCGGCGUGGACCCGGGCAUCAUCAGCAACCGCAUCAGCCACGUGUUCAACCUCCGAGGCCCCAGCAUCGUCUGCAACACGGCCUGCUCGUCGUCGGUGUACGCGCUGCACAACGCCUGCAACGCCCUGCGCAACGGCGAGGCUGAAGGGGCGAUCGUCGGGGGCGUGAACCUGAUCAUCACGGUGGAUCAGCACAUGAACACGGCCAAGCUUGGAGUGCUGUCGCCGACGUCGACCUGCCAUACGUUUGACGCCAGUGCGGAUGGUUACGGCCGGGCUGAUGCCGUGGGGGCUGUGUAUCUGAAGCGGCUUUCCGACGCCGUGCGAGACGGCGACCCGAUCCGGGGGGUGAUCCGGUCCAGCGCGACCAAUUCCAACGGAAAAGUGCCCGGAUACGGCAUCACGUAUCCCAACCGCGAGGGUCAGUAUGAGGUGAUCACGGCGGCGUAUGAGCGCGGGGGUGGUCUGGACCCGCGUCUCACCGGGUAUUUCGAGUGCCACGGAACGGGCACGGCAGUGGGCGAUCCGAUCGAGGUCGACGCCGUGUCUCGGGCCAUGAACAAGCAGCGCCGGCCAGGCAUCGACCCGCCGCUGUGGAUUGGGGCGGUCAAAACCAACAUUGGCCAUUCGGAAGCGGCUAGUGGAAUCUCGGCGCUCAUCAAAGCCAUCCUGAUCGCGGAGCGCGGGAUCAUUCCGGCCACGCGCGGUGUGGUCAAGCUCAACCCGCAGAUCGACUGGGAGGAGUGGCAGGUGCGCGCCGUCACGGACGACCCGGUGCCGUUUCCCAGCGAGCUGCCUGUCCGUCGCGUGUCGGUCAACUCGUUUGGCUACGGUGGAACCAAUGCCCACAUGAUCAUCGAAGGCACCGCGUCCAUCGCGCCGGGCUCCGAAUCAGGCUACCGCUACGUCGACCGCUGGGCGACGAACAAGCCGAGGAAGCCCGGCUUCUUCAGGCGGGCCGUGGACCGGAAGAGACCGUACCUGCUCCCGUUCUCUGCCCACGACAAGGCCACGCUGCGCCGCAACAUUGAUGCCAUUGGCCCCGUGGCCGCCGACUACAACCUCGUUGAUCUCUCGCAUACGCUCGCCAACCGGCGCAGCAUCUUGGCCAGCAAGGCCUACACCGUGGCGAGCCAUGGAAGCCUCGACACCAUCUUCUCCUCCGUAGGCGAAAGCUUUGCGUUUGCCGAUAGUAAUGUUACUAAAACGCCCGCGCGGGAGCUGGCCUUUGUCUUCACCGGCCAGGGGGCACAAUGGGCACGCAUGGGAGCCCAUCUCAUGGAGUAUUCCCCGCACUUUCUGCAAACUAUCCGCGAUCUGGACCUGGUGCUGGAGCACGUCGCCGACGGGCCCGAGUGGUCCAUCGAAGACCUGCUCAACGAGCACGCCGACACGUCGCCCGUCCAAGACGCCGAGUUCUCCCAGCCCCUCUGCACGGCGGUCCAGAUUGCCGUGGUGCGACUGCUCGAGUCGUGGGGAGUCCGCCCCGUAGCCACAGUCGGACACUCCUCGGGCGAGAUGGCCGCUGCCUACGCCGCGGGGUUGGUCUCGGCCGAGGACGCCAUGAUUGCCGCGUACUAUCGCGGUAUUGUGGCCAAGGAAGUGAACACAGGCGGUGCCAUGCUGGCUGUGGGGCUAGGAGCCGAGGCUGUUCAAGCGUGGAUUGCGGAAUGUGGUGUUGAGGACAAGGUGGUCGUCGCGUGUCAUAACUCCCCCGCGCUGGUGACCCUCUCGGGAGACGCAGACGCGCUCGACCUCGUCCAGGGCAAGCUGGAGGCUGCUUCUGUUUUUAACCGGUCCGUCAAGACAGGCGGCAAGGCGUAUCAUUCGCACCACAUGGUCCCCGCGGCGGAGAGAUUCAAGGCCCUUGUUCGCGAGGCUAAGAGGGUUAGGUCUGAAUCUGGUAGGAGACGACGCGGUGUGGCGGAUCACGGCCUGGGUGAGCUUCUGGCCACCAAGGCGCAAAUGGUGUCCUCCGUUACCAACUCGGUGAUCCCCGCGGGUACGCUUUUAGAUGAGGAGUACUGGAGCCGCAACCUGGUCAGUCCAGUGCUCUUCAACCAGGCCGUGCAGACGCUCCUGUCCGAUCCUGCAUUCUUCCAGGUGGAUGUCCUCGUCGAGGUGGGACCCCACUCUGCCCUCGCCGGGCCUAUCAAGCAGAUCAAGGAGGCCCUGAACUCGAGCCCUGUUGGCAACGCGAAGUCCAAGGCUGGAGUGAGUUACGUGCCGACCCUCAUUAGGGGCGAGGACUCGGGUGCCCGGCUGCUCAAGGUGGCUGGAGAGCUCUUCCUUCGUGGGUACCAGCAGCUCGACAUGGAGUGCGUGACUGGUGCCUACCACGUCCAGAGUCUCAAGACGGGCAAGGUUAAGGCUAGGGUCAACAGUCCAGGCGUCACCAUUGUCGAUCUCCCUCCUUAUCAGUGGAACUACACGCGUCCGUUCUGGGCCGAGAACCGAGCCAGCCGGGAGCAGCGCCUGCCUCGGUUCCCCCGCCACGACGUGCUCGGUCAGCGUGUUAUCGGCGGCUCGCUCGCGGAGCCGACUUGGAACAACGUCCUCCGGCUGCGUGAUCUGCCAUGGCUCAAGCACCACUCUCUCGGCGGUGAAGCCGUGUUCCCUGCGGCGGGCUACUUUGCCAUGGCCAUCGAGGCCGUUACCCAGCUCCACGAGUUAGACAAUGAGUCGGACGACUCGUCCAAGGCCACCAUUGACAGCUACGUGCUUCGCGAUAUCGACAUCAAGAAAGCCCUGGUCACCCCCGACACCGAAGACGGCAUCGAGGUGCUCACCAGCCUGCGCCCGUCCGUGUUUGGCGCUCCCUUCUGGGACUUUAGCGUGUCAUCGGUGGAUAUUGAUGAAAACAAAACUACGACAUGGAAGGAACACAUGACCGGCAGCGUGGCCAUCAACGCAGCCACCACCACCUCUCGAGGAAGCCAGAAGAAGCCCAAGCCGCGCACACCCCCCGACGACCUGACGCAGCGGGCCAGUGGCAAGACUUGGAACCAGGCGCUGCGUGCUGUGGGCUUCGACUACGGGCCGACCUUCCAGGACAUGGACAACGUGCGCUUCGACGGCAAGCGGUAUGUGGCCACUUGCACCACCAAUGUCAAACGCGAGGUCGAUCCCACCUUGGGCGAAUCCCGUUACCCGCUUCACCCGGCCGUCGUCGACUCCACGCUCCAGCUCAGCAUUGCCGCCAUCUAUGCUGGACGCACCAGUGCCAUGGACUGCGGCGUGGUGCCUGUCCAGGUCGACCAAGUGACCAUCUGGCCCCCGACCGACGAACAAGUCGCCCACAAGUCGGCUAAUUGUUAUGCUUGGGUCGACCACCGAGGUACCCGGACCUUUGAGAACAGCGUGCAGAUGACAUCGACAGCCGGCGAAGCGAGUGAGGGCGAACUGAUCAUGGAGAUUGUCAACGUCCGAACAACUCGCUACGAAGCGGCAAUACCACAAAAGGCCGAAGACCAUGUUCCCCUCGAGCCUGCCCCCUACGGAGAGAUGGUCUGGCAGCCUGAUAUCGAUCGCCUCGUCCACACCAGUGGUCACACCCUAAGCAAAAUCAAGUUGCCAUCGGAGCUCGUCAGCCUCGGCUUGUUCAAAUAUCCAGGCCUCAAGGUUCUUGACGCCGCGUCCGACCUGGCCGCGGCCAAGGAUCUGCUCAGCUCCUACCCCUCAGCUCCCUAUACGCUGGCUGUGGACGGGGAUUCCUUGUCAGAACCCUUCUCGGAAACCGAGGUGAAGUCUGAGCUCGAGUCGGGGUCCGGGCCCCAACAUCGUCUUGUCAACACGGCUGUGACGACGAUUCAAGCGUUGACUGCGACGUCGUCUGCCCCUGAUUCCGCCCCUGAAGAGUCUGAGUCCCCGUCCGAGUCGCCGCCGUCCGCCUCUUACGACAUGCUCGUUGCGCCUGCUCAUCUUGUCCUCGCGCUGCAGGGUUACGUGAAGCCCGGCGGCUACAUUGCGAGCGUCAGCAAGGAUGACGGCUCCAUCGCCCUCAGCCGUAAGGUUACCCCCUCCAGUGAGAACGAGUCGGCCCAGGCCACGGAAUCUACGUCGCCCGGAAAUGAUACUACUUUCACCAACCUGGAUAUCGCGCUUGUCUUCCGGAGCUCCCCCGACUCAACCAUCAACAAAACCAAGCUUGCUAUCGAGGCAGCUCUUAGCUCAAAGUCAGAGUCAGACUCGCAUCAGUCAACAGUGCGCGUGCACAUACGCAGCCUGCAGUCCUACGUCGAGGAUGCUCACCUGGAUGGUCCGGUAGCAAGCCAUGUCGUCAUGCUUGCCGAUCUCGAGGCAGCCUCAGUUGCCUCCCCUCUCCUCUCGUCCCUCACCGAGACCGAGUUCUCGGCCAUUCAACGCAUCACCGACUCUUCCUCUUCCCUGCUCUGGGUCACCAACGGGGGCCUACUGGAAGGCAAGCGACCCGAUCACGCCAUGGCCUCGGGACUCGCCCGCGUUGUGCGGUCCGAGCAGGCCUCGUUGGACUUUAGGACGCUUGACGUUGACACUGACGAGUCGGACGACGUUGGCGCUACCACCUCUGCCAUCGCCGACAGCGUUGCCCGUGUCGUCCACUGCCAGGUGGCGGCCAAGGCCAGCAAGGGCACGCCAGCCGACGAAGAACUCGACGAAGAACGUGAGAUGUGUCUCUUCAAGGGCGAAACGUACAUCAGCCGUCUUGUUCGCAACCGGGAGUUGAACCAUGUGUUUGCCGACUCUGCCUCUGCCUCCGACAAGCCGGCACUCGGCUCGUUCGUGCCUGGACGAGACCGCUUAUCCGGCCGAAUUCGACAAGGAAAGGUUGUAUUUGAGCAUGUAUAUCAUCAAGACGAGACUAGAGCGAACUCAGCAGAGCCUGCAGAGCUUGAGCCGGGUACUGUCAAAGUGGCUGUCGAAUGCAGUGGCUUGACAAGGGAAGGGGUUCUUGCCAUUACCGGGGCUGACUACCCGACCACCUUUAGCCAUGAGCUGGGAGGCGUCGUUGUCCGCACUGGGCCCGGCGUCACACACCUCGUGCCCGGAGACAAUGUUGUCGGCUUCCACAUUGAUCGUUUCUCGACCGUGCAGCACGUCCCGGCGACCAUGCUUCACAAGCUCGGUCCCGGUCAGGACAUGACGACCGUGGUUAGCCUACUCAUGGCGUCUGCCACGGCGCUAUAUGGUUUAGACGUGCUGGCGAGAUUGCAAGCCAGGGAAACCAUCCUCGUGCUCCACCAGACUGGUUUCGUCGGUGUGGCCGCCGCCAUGAUUGCGCGCGCGCGAGGCGCAACCGUCUAUAUCGAAGCCGAGACGCAGGAGGAGAUGGAAUUCCUGCAAGAUCGCGUCGGCUUGGCUCCGGGACAGAUCCUUUCGGACCUUUCAGGGUCCAACAACGGCCAGCAAAACCGGCUCUCCGACCAGAUUGCCGCACUCACCGGGGGCCGUGGAGCUGACGUCGUCUUCAGCGUCGGUGGUGCAGUCAAACCGAGCACAGCGCGCGAGGCCUGGCGGUGCAUUGCCCCGUUCGGCCGCUUCUUGGACGCCAGCCCAGGCCGCAAAAACGCGGGCGCCCAAAGGCAGGCAGCCCUCGACGCGAUGCCCGUUCGACGCUCUGCGCAAUACCUACCUUAUGAUGUGUUAGAUCUCCUCGAAACACGCCCCAACACCAUGGCUGCCUUACUACCGUCCAUCUUGGAACAUGUCAGCAUUGGCGCCAUCCACGCUCUCGGCAAAUCCGUGGUCCCAACCACCCUCUGCGAUCUGGCCGCGGCCAUUUCAACCUUUUCAGACGCCUUUGGAUCUCCCAAGCCUGUCCUCGUGCUCGACGCGCCGUGCGAAGACGCCCCCAUCAUCACAGCACCGCCGCGGGACUCGCCACGGUUCAAGUUCAACCCCGACGUGGCUUAUCUCCUUGUCGGCUGUCUCGGCGGCCUCGGCCGUAGCUUGACGCGAUGGAUGAUGGCGUCGGGCGCCCGGCGGUUCCUUUUCCUGUCCCGCUCCGGUACGGACGCGCCCUCUGCCGCCAAACUGGUCGACGACCUCGCCGCAGCCGGCGCUACCGUCCAAGUGGUCCGAGGUGACGUUGCCAACAGAUCAGACGUGCUCCGCGCCGUCGAGCAAGCCCCCCCGACCAGCCCGCAUCCCAUCCGAGGCGUCAUCCACGCUGCCAUGGUCCUCCGAGACGCCGUCUUCCACUCCAUGCCCUACUCCAGCUGGACCAGCUCGCUGGCGCCCAAGGUCCAAGGCGCCAUGAAUCUGCAUUCCGUACUCGUCGAAGAGUUGGAUCUCCCCCUCGACUUCUUCCUCAUGACCAGCUCCGUGUCGGGAAUCCUCGGUACCCCCGGCCAGGCCAACUACGCCGCCGCCAACAGCUACCUCGACGCUCUGGCCCGGCACAUGAACAACCGCCAGCAGCGCAGCGGCACCAAAACCAACACGGCCAUAUCCUGCAUCCUCCCCAUGGUCCUCGGCGUCGGCGUCGUCGCAGAGAACGAUGAAAUCGAGGACGCCCUCCGCCGCAAGGGCAUGUAUGGCAUCGACGAGGACCACCUGCUGCAGUCGUUCGAGGCCGGCCUCGCCAGCCUCGCCAGCCAGUCCGCCGAGUCCAAGUCCCAGUCCGACCACAUCGUCAUCGGUCUCGACCCCAUGCUUCUGCGCCGAGCCCAGGCCGAGGCCGCAUCGGACGAUGACGAGUCAGACGCCAGCUUCUGGGUUGACGAUGCGCGCUUCCGUCACGUCGUGCACGCCAUGCGCGGCUCCGAUUCUGCGGCGGCGUCGGGUGGAGGAGAUGUGAGCAUCCUUGCAGCGGCCGCAUCGUCGUCGUCGCCGGCAGAGGCGGUGGCGAUUAUCCAGAGUCACUUUGUGCGCAAGUUGGCGACCAUGUUGAUGAUGGACGAGGAGAGUUUUGACGUCGCGUCUGGGUCGAUCGCGUCGUACGGUAUUGAUAGCAUGAUUGGUGCUGAGUUGAGGAAUUGGAUCUUUAGGGAGUAUCGGAUUGACAUGCCAUUUCAGCAGUUGCUUGCGCCGAGUUUGACGAUUGGGAAGUUUGCGGGGCAGGUUUGCGCGUCUGUUGGGGUUGGGGUUGAGGUUGAGGCUUAA